UCCAAGCAGGAGUAGCAGAGAAACAGAAUGAUGUGAGGGGUCGAUACAUCCCAAAAAGAUCUUGUGUGUGGCAGUGAUUGAAAGAAACGGCAUAGAAGUGGCGGUAGUGAAAUCUGCCUUUAAAUGUGAAGUGUAAACCUUUGCUGUAAUAAUUUUUACUGUAUAAGCGAACAGAAAGCAUCCCCAGCUGGAUUUAUUUGUGCAAAAAGAGAUCGCAUCUUACUGGAGCACGAGAAAAGUGCAAACAAAAGUUGCAUUUGAGAUUGUCGGUCCAACACUGAGCACUGGACUCUUCACAGAAGUAUUCCAUUAGCAGCACAUGUGACACAGCUAGCUGUCAUUGAAAGGCCUGACCGUGAUCUGCAUUGGAUGGAACUAGGAUGGGGCUGAGGUGGAAGGUAUCCACACCUGCACUGUGGCUGAUACUAUGCGCUUUUAGCAGAGUGGUCUAUUCUGAUGACAUCCCUUAUUUUCGAAUUCAGCCAAAAUCUGCCGUGCAGAAACUGGGUGGUUCGGUAAUGCUGGAAUGUGCUGCUGAGCCAGCAACUGCAAAUGUGUCAUGGCGUUUGAAUGAUCGUGAACUGAACAGUCAUCCAGAUGUUCUCAUCUAUGAUGGGACCCUUGUUGUAACAUCAGUCAGCAAUGAAACAGUGGGUCGCUACCAGUGUGUUGUCCGGACGGCUUUAGGAGCAGUGGCAAGCCUGCCCGCAAUAGUUACACUAGCAAAGCUACAGGACUUUAAAACAGACUCCCAGCAAGUGAUUGAAGUAGAUGAAGGAAACACUGCAGUGAUAGCAUGCAACCUCCCUGAGAGCCAACCCAAGGCGCAAGUCCGCUAUAAUGUCAAGCAAGAAUGGCUAGAAGUUUCCAAAGGAAACUACCUGAUCAUGCCUUCUGGGAACCUGCAGAUUGUCAAUGCCACUCAGGAGGAUGAGGGCACGUACAAGUGUGCAGCCUAUAACCCUGUGACCCAGGAAGUGAAAACGUCUUCUUCCAUUGACAGACUACGUGUGAGACGCUCCACAGCAGAAGCAGCUCGAAUCAUCUACCCUCCCAAACCACAGACCAUCAUUGUCACCAAAGGUCAGAACCUGAUUCUGGAGUGUGUGGCCAGUGGGAUUCCACCACCACAAGUCACCUGGGCCAAGGAUGGAAUAGCAGUUCAACCCCACAACAACACACAGUUCUUGCUCAGUAACCUGCUGAUUAAUGGUACUAGUGAAAGCGACUCUGGCACAUACAGCUGCAUGGCGGACAACGGCAUCGGAGAGAUGGGUGCAGUGUUCACGUACUACAGUGUUCAAGUCUUUGAACCACCUGAGGUCAGUAUUCAGCUGCAGCAGUCUGUGGUGCAUUGGGGCCAGACCGUGAAGUUCAGCUGCAAUGUCCGUGGAAACCCACCACCCUCUGUGAUUUGGCUGUGUAAUGCUGUCCCUCUUGUUGAAAGCAGACAGCACCACAUUUCCAACAAGGUGCUGCGUGUGAGUAGUGUUGGGCCUGAUGAUGAGGGGAUCUACCAGUGUAUGGCUGAGAAUGAAGUUGGCAGGGCGCAGGCAGCAACCCUGCUUAUUGCCACUGGGUCAGGAACAGUAGGUAUGCCUCCAACUAAUGGGGGUGACAUUUCCCAGUUGAGCCACUCACUGAAGCAGGGGAGCUCUGAGAAUGCUGUAGCAGUGCCAAGGCCCACCGCACCACCAGUCACUCCCAGUAUAUGCAGUGGACAAGGAGCACAAGUAUUGCCAGCAGAGGCCCCUGUUAUCCUUAGUUCUCCUCGGACAUCUAAGGCAGACCUUUAUGAGCUAACAUGGAGACCGCGGCCUGGAGAUGGAGCAGCAGUCAUUUAUUACAUCGUGAAACAUCGUAAGCAUGCUUCUGAGUCACCUGAUAACUGGACAGUUUCCCACAUCCCAGGGAACCAGCACCGCUUCCUGCUGACCAAACUGGAUCCCUCCAGCCUGUAUGAGGUUGAGAUGGCACCAUUUAACUGUGCAGGAGAAGGACAGGCUGCUAUGAUGACCUUCCGAACUGGGAAUGGCCGAAGCCCUGGAAAGAAGUGUCAUAUCCCUGGAUGUAGUCGCCCACAGGUGGAGGAUGAUGGCUGUAUCAAGAGUGAAAUCGGUAGCCAGUCGGGCAGUGCCACCCCUUCUUGUCCUGAAGCACCAGAUCGCCCAACUGUUUCAAUGGCCUCUGAGACUUCAGUCUAUGUGACAUGGAUCCCUCGUGGGAAUGGGGGCUUUCCAAUUAUGUCAUUCCGUGUGGAGUACAAAAAGUUGGGGAAGGGAGAGGACUGGGCAUUGGCAAGGAGUGAUAUCCCCCCAUCCAGGCUGUCUGUUGAAAUCCCAGGUCUUCAAAAAGGUACAUCUUAUAAGUUUCGUGUAAGGGCAGUGAAUGUUCUAGGUGAUAGUCCUCCUAGUGCUGCUUCAAAGCCAUAUGCGGUUUUCCCAGGACCGACUAGGCCAGAAGAAGGGCCUUAUAUCACCUUCACCGAAGCCAUCAAUGAGACCACUAUCAUGCUGAAAUGGAUGUAUACUCCAUCGACCAAUAGCAGUCCAAUCCAUGGGUUCUACAUUUAUUACCGCCCAACCGACAGUGACAAUGACAGUGAUUAUAAGAAGGACAUGGUAGAAGGAGAGCGUUAUUGGCACUCGAUAACCAAUUUGCAGCCAGAGACAUCAUAUGAUAUCAAAAUGAGGUGUUAUAACAAAGGUGGCGAGAGUGAAUUUAGUAAUGUUAUGAUCUGUGAAACUAAAGCUCGUAAAGUUGUUCCAGGCCAAACAGCAGUGCUCCCUGCACCGACCUCCUCUGGCAGUAACAGUAAUAGCUAUCCUGCUGGUAUCAGUCCCCGUUCCAGUGAUCUGCCGUACUUGAUUGUUGGUGUGGUGUUGGGAUCCCUGGUUCUCCUCAUUGUAACCUUUGUCCCAUUCUGUUUAUGGAGAGCAUGGGCAAAGCAAAAACAGGCAGCAGACUUGGCAUUUCCUAGUUCAAUACUUUCUACAGCUUCUUGCCAGUAUACCAUGGUCCCUCUUCAGGGAGUGUUGAGCCAUGCUCCAAAUGGACUCCCCCUCAGAAAUGGAAUAAACGCUGCAUUUAAUGGAGGAAACUACACUUACGCUGUUGCCAAACACCUGGAGUACAGUCCCGGCAGUUUGCCUCUGGAAAAGGUGGAAUGCGAUACACUUCUGGAAGAGAGUGUGGUGAGAAAUGGUAGCCCUGGACAGUGUCUGUAUUCAGAGAGCCCGCCUGUUUUAGGUUCCACAUGUCUGUAUAGCCUUCCUGAUGACUCUACCCAUGAGCUUCUUCACUCACAUGAGUGCAGCUGUGCCCAAGAAGAGCUUGGCAACCUUCUUCACAUGACAGAAAGUAGAGCUACAGCAACUAAAGCCGGACUCGCCAGGGAUCACAGCAUCCUUCCAGGUCUGCUGUCCACCACUGGGUUAACACCGGUAGAAGAAAUAGAGCACAUAGGGCAAGACUGUGCUUCCACAGAAGAAACCAGCAGUAGUCCAAUCAGAAGGGAAACAAGUUGUACACAAGACACACACAGCGUUUCAUAUCCGGGACCAAAUGUUGCCCCGUGUCCUAGCUUGUCACACACUAAGCUGCUGGAGAAGAAUAUACUUCAGUGUCCCUGUUGGGAUGAGAAAUAAAAAGGCAACUACAUUGCCGGACUUUUUAUGAAAGAAAAGUAUUUAUUUUUGUAAAAGAAAUAUAUUUAUAAAAUAUUUAUACAUCUGUAAAUACGUUGUGUGUAUGUAUGUUCUGCUGUAUGUUAAUGUGGACCUAGCUUUCACAAGAAUAUAUUCCAUGGAGGGAAGACUGAAUAAUCUGCUGGUAUAUAAAAUAAACUGCCUGAAGAAGUGAAUCGGAGUAUGUGGACUGAAGUCAUCCAGGUCGCAAGUUUAAUGCUUUUAUGGAAAGAAGACAGCCAAGUCUCAAGUGCUUUUUAGGAGGACUGUAUUCCAUUUUAAAAUAUAUCCGUUAUGUUUUAUGGUGAUCUGAACAUUCUUUUUCAGACAUAAAGACUGUGAUUUUUUUUUACUGUUUGUGUACCUCACAGUGCUGAAUGCACAUGUGCAAAGUAAGAGAAUAUAUCCAUCUUCUGUUCAACAGUAGAAGCUUGAGCCCUAGUUAGGUUUUAGAAUCCUCUCCGCUCUCCAGUGAAGGCUUGCUUUGAUUCUGAUAAAUUUGUUACAGAAGUUCAUGUUUAUAAGAAAUAAAAUUCCUACUGUUUGGUUACAGAUGUCAUUUUAUAUUCCCAAGUUUGUGGAAUAUGUUUUUUCUCCCCAUGCCUCUGUAUCCCCAAGUUAGUUUUAGUCCAGAAGUGCUGUUCCUGUUUUUAAUGAAGCCUUCAGCAUUUGGUACAGGCAAUAUCAGAAUUCUAAUCCUUAUUCUGUCUGUACUGUAAACAAGAAAGCUAAGGACUUUAUUCUAGCAAUUUCUCCAUUCACAGGGUGAUGACAGUCCAAGGCCAGUUCUUGUUUAUAGUUGGUUGUCAGUCCUUUUGCAUCUUUGGCCCUACCUAUCUUUCUGUAUUUAGUGUUAUUCUUGUUUUGGCUUGGUGGAACUGGUUAGAGGGCUUUCUUCACUUUAAUUAAAAAAAUACUUCUAUCCCGGAUUUUCACUCUUCCAAAAAACCUGGUUUCUUCUUCCCCAAACUUUCCGAUAAAUACUUUUCAGAUAAAUUUGCUUGAUACGAGGACUGUACUUUUUUUACCAAGACCUUCCAGCAUCUCCAUCGCCACAUUCUAGACAGUAUGGACAUAUUAAUGAUGUGUUGUUUAAAUAAGUGGGAUUAUAAACUAUUACCUGGUAUGCAAAUAUCCAUAGGAAACACCUGCUCCUAAAACGUAUCCACUAGUACUUGUACAAAGGAGAAGACUGCAGGUUCAUAAUACUGAACUGCACAUAAACUGUAUAAGAAUGAAUUGCAGAAAGUUUAAGGUUUUCUCACAGCAUAUGCCCACCCUUUUUUGCCUAUGUACUUUUUCCCUUAUUUAUUUGCCAAGCAUUAAGCCCCUCCCCCCAUAAGAGUUCAGCCAAUCAUCCCUGCAAAGAGCCAAGAGCCAGCUGGAGAGGCCGUCAUCCAAGCAGACCAUGCAUGUAUUUGUGCAGUUGCUGGUAUCCUGGCAGUACAAGUGUUAUUGCUAUGGCUUUAACCCCUCUCCUGAGUAGGGGGACAUAUAACUUGCUUCAGUGUGGUGAGGGCCACUUCGCCUUCUCCUCUGUGAAUGCACACUCCUGAGUGCCCACAAUUAAAGGUCACUGCAUGCACAGCUUGUUGCACUGGAAGCACAUACCAAGACCACCCCUGUGCAUCACCACCCAUCCUGCAAGAAAAUGUGGCAUUUGUCACCCCCCCCCUCCCAGAUAGGCACAGCUGUCAUUCUUAUGCCAUCUGUAACAAAUACAUGAGAUGCUUAUCAAACUGGAGUCACCUGGUCUGUAGCUACAGGGCUUUAUACCUCUACUACACCAUCUGGCUUUUUUUCACCGCAUUUGUACAUUUACUGUGGUGUUGUUACAAGCCUUUCAUGAUUUGUAAUGGAGAAGCAUUUUCUAACCUGUAGUUUGUCAUUUUGAACCCUGUCAUUUUUCUUGUCCUCAUGAUGGACCUUAUGUCUUUCCCUUUCAGAUUUAUGUAGUGAAUUACAUUUUCCUGUUAUUUUGGCUUACGUCACAUAUUUUGAGUGUUUGGUGGUGAUCCUGCACUCAACAUCCUGCAUUUGCUUUCUUUUUGUGAGGCUGCUUACAUACCAAGCUUUCAAGUUGUCAUUGGUGUUUUUAAGUAUGCCAUGAAAAUAAUCUUGAGUAUUUCAUUCCACAUGAUUUCCAGAUUUAAUAUUUAAGUGCAUGUAGCAUUUUAUUAUUUUCGGGGUAUAGUUCUGUAAAGCCAUAUAUUUGUCUUGAGGUGGUGGUCCAGAGUUCAACUUAAAACAAGUUUUUUUCUAGUUUUAGCAGAUCUUUAGGCACUCGGUGUAGAAUAGCUUUGUUGCAUCACUGGUUGUACCUUCUCCAUAUUGAAAAGCAAGAGCAUGGCCAUGUUUUCAUUCUUUGUAAAGAGAGGAGAGCUUAUAAUGUCUAAGUGUCUCUGCAAGUGGACUUGGCACUGAAUUGCUGAGUUGUGUUUUUUACUUUAGUGUUGUUGCCCCAGGUUUGGUGUGAUCAGCUGUGAGAUGCUUUUUCUCAUUUUAGCACUUAGCAUUUGCAAGAUGAAUGUCUUGGGUUUGGACUUCUCAUUCUGAACAUUUGUAAGAUGAAUGUCUUGGGUUUGGACUUCUCAUUCUGAAGUACUCCAUCAUGUACAACAUGUGACCAGCUUACUUUCAUCCAUUCUAAAUGAUAAGCAUUUGGGCUUUUUGACGGCCAAGACAUUUCUGCCUUGGUGAAUCAGGAUGCAUGUACUGCUUUAGUUUCUGUUUUGCCAGUGGUGUAUAUGGCAAUGGCUUUCUUUUAAAGUCUUAGAGGAGCAAGUCGUACAGGAGGGAGGCGUCCACUUGAUGACUUUUACUGCUGCUCUUUUCAUACAUCUUGGCUUUGAGGUGUCUAUCUUCCUGGUACCUCUGCCAUGUGACAGAUCACUUCUCCAAAGAACUGAAGUGACCAGGGAGAUAGGCUAUCCAUAGUCAUGCUGCUGGUUGAUCUUGGCACCUGACACCUGUUAGGAGACCUUUGGUUAAAUUUGUUGCUUGGUAAUGGGUAAAUUUACGGGCUGCCUAUUGGGAAUGUGAUAAAUAAAGUGAAGUUGAAUCUCAAAACUUGCUGUAAUGCAUUAAAAAUAGUUUCCAGAGGGAAGAUGUGAAUGUGACCCCUGCUACUUGUAUGUACUUGCUUGUAGUUGCAGUACCUUGGAGUAGGGGAAAUGCCUUGAGGUAUCACGGCUGUGGAAGAAGUGUGUGUGUGUGUGUGUGUGUGUGUGUGUGUGUGUGUGUGUGUGUGUGUGUGUAGGCAUGUAUAUUCACACUUUACCAUACUGUUCCAAUGAUCACAGUUACUGUCUUUGGAAUUUGUGAAUCUUGUCGACAUUUUUGUCUUUGGCCAUCUUCCUUUAGUCAUAAAGCAGGACUCAACCAGUUCUGUUCAUGCAGUUACAUUAGCUUCCUAUCUAACAGAAUAAGUGAAUCCUGCAGUUUCCUUCCAUAUUUUUAGCCAGGAUGCUGCAUGUGAUGUUUGUCGGUCUUUUUCUAUACGAGAAUGAACUGGUAUUGGAUAAGUAACUAUCAUGAUCAGAUACUUGUCGAGCUGUUUGGUUAAGAUACUUGUAGUGAAGGUUGAAUGCAGUGUACUUCACUUUGUAGAUUAAGAGAUUGGGCUUCUUAUGAGGACUUUUCUCCCUCCUGCAUCAUCCUAUGGCUCCCUACCUAGAGCUCCAUGGCCAUUGUUGAGUUUACCAACCAACUCCUUAGCCCUACCACCCCGGACUAUCUCUGAUACCAGCUGGGGCUGAUGCAGAACUUGAGGACAUCCUGGGGAUUUGGCUGUUCAAAUUAACCAGGGCUUGGUUCUACUUUUAUGACCUACCCGUGUUGACUGCUCCUUCUCUUUCCGCUGUUAUUCCCAAGGGAUGGGUGUGCAGUCGAGACAUGCAGCAUACCACCUUACCUUUGCAGUAGCUCUGACUUGUCCCUUCCAGUUCCCACCUUUGGCCUGUACCUCCUAGUGUGACAUCACCAGCCUUCAGCAGGGAUCAUCACAACAGAAGCUCAUGUUGCUACCUCCCCAUCAGGGUUGGUAACUUGUAUCCCUCCCUGCCACUUUGUUAGAUACCCCAGAUACUAACCAAACCUGGGUCACUUGGGCUGCAGUCAGGGCUUUAUCUGGAGUGGCAAGUAACAUGGGUUUUUGACUUGGAGGUUUUUGGUGUGUGUGUGUGUGUGCUAAACUUUAAUGUGACAGUGGGUGGAUUUGAAAAGAGUGUUUAAUUAGCAAGCUAAACAAAAAGCCAGUAAUGUCCAGUGUUGUAAUGUUUAUAUGGCUAAUGUUAGGAGCAACUUAUGCAAUGUGUUCGGAGGCUAUUAGCCACCAGGGAUGUUAAUGCAGCUUUACUUCAUGCUUGUUAAAGUGCACUUAUGUACUUCAUAAUGCUUUCAGCAUGUAUUUUGGUACCAUUUCCACAUUUCCAAUGUGUUUUUGGUUCCACUGUACUACAUUCAUCACAAUGCAGGUACCUUCAUUGAUUCUUGUAAAUGUUGUAAAAUAUGUAUGUUAAUGCUUUGUAUGUUCAAUACAUUUGCAUUUAUUUUUGCAUGGAUGAACUUUUUAUAUAUAAAAUACAAAUUUAUAUAUAUAUAUAUAUCUAUAAAAACUGUAAAUACAUCCUGAUAAAAAUAUAGCAUUUAGGCAACUUCUGCAUACAAGAAUAAUCGUGUAGGAUGUUGCUUCAUUUUUAUAUAUAUAUAUUUAUUUUUUUACAUAUCUAUAUAUCUGUAUCUGAAAACACUUAGUGAUUAGCUUCCUGCUGUACUUUCCUAGUGUUAAUGCAUUUCCUCUCUUUACUGGAGGUGCCAGCAGUUCAAAGAAGGGCCUUGUCUUUGCAUUUAGUUUUGCUUGAACUCUUGAUGUGCCUACCAGUUGCUGGGCUAUCGUAAACAUUUGAGAAGGCUAGUAUUUAAAUGUAAUUAACCCCUGUAAUAAAAAAGAGCAUAUGAGCAUAUAAUGAAGUAUCAGUAAGAUCUUUGCAGGUGCUAAAAGACCAGAGAAUGCAUACUGCCCAUGCUGGUGUCAUACAGUUUGCCGAAGCAAAUUCAUAUUCUGAAAGAACAGUUGUAGUAAAAACAGUAUAUUGAUAUUUACCUGUAUGCCAUCUGCAUUCUUUGCUGUUUCCUCUGUUUUUCAGAGCAAAAAAAUUUGAUAACAUUCACUCAGAUACAUUCUGGGUCUUCAUAACCAGUAGCAUCCCAUAUGCGUAUCCUGCCUAGGUGGUAGCAUGACAGCAAAUAUUAACAAUGACUUCUGGCUUUUUGCAUUAGCAGUAAUGUUACCUUUUUUGUUGCUAAUACUACAAUUUGAAUAAAAAUUCAGCUACCAAAAGGGCUUUUGAGUAAUUCAGGGUCAUCAUCUUCUAAAACACAUUAAAAGUAAACAUAUCUCAGAGGCCAUUACCACUUGUGGGUCGUAGUUGUGUGACCCAAGAACUGUUGCUGAAUGCGGUUAUCUUUGGGUUUUUUUGUCAUAUGCAUUUAUUUACCUGUCGUUGUCACAUUACAUAACCACAAGGUAAGACAAAUUCUACCACCCUGGCAGAAAUUAAAGUGAUAAAAUACCUUUUAUGUUACUCUGUACUGCUGUCAUCUCCUGAGAGAAAAAAACAAAGAUCACAUCAGUUAGUCAUAUGAAAAUAUUUUUAUUUCAUGUGUUUGCCAUAUUGAAGGACAUAAACUGCAUCCAUCUUUCCUUAUUUAUGUUAGCUGUACUAAAUAAAUUCAGUUUAAAAAGUU